AUGGGGCGGAUUCCUUGCUGCGAGAGGGACAACGUGAAGAGGGGCCAGUGGACCCCCGAGGAGGACAACAAGCUCGCCGCCUACAUCGCCCAGCACGGCACCCGCAACUGGCGCCUCAUCCCCAAGAACGCCGGUAAUGCAGCCCUCCUCUCUCUCUCUCUACAUCUCUCUCUCUCUGUGCCCGUUUUCUUGACAUCCUAGGGGAUGGGCACCGUCGUCCUCAGGUUUACAGAGAUGCGGGAAGAGCUGUCGGCUCCGGUGGACGAACUACCUCCGCCCCGACCUCAAGCAUGGGGAGUUCUCUGAAGAGGAGGAGCAGACCAUCGUCAAACUCCAUUCUGUCCUCGGCAACAGGCAAAUCUUUCUUUCUCCCCUCUCUUCUCUCUCUCUUCUCGCUCCCUCUCUAACUGGGAGAUCCUUGUUGCAGGUGGUCUGUGAUAGCAGCCCAGCUGCCUGGACGAACAGACAAUGACGUGAAGAACCACUGGAACACGAAGCUGAAGAAGAAGCUCUCGGGGAUGGGCAUCGAUCCCGUCACCCACAAGACCUUCUCCCAUCUCAUCGCGGAGAUCACCUCUACGCUAGCGCCGCCGCAGAUGACCCACCUGGCCGAGGCGGCGCUCGGCUGCUUCAAGGACGAGGUCCUCCACCUCCUCACCCGCAAGCGCGCGGACCCCGGCGGCGCCGCCGGUGAGGCCCUCGCCGGCCUCUACCCUGCCGCCGCCUCGAGGCCCGCCGAUGGCUUCGGCUACGGCGCGUCGUCCUUCUGCGACGACGCGGAGAGAUUAGCUUGGAGCCAGAGCGUGUGCACGAGCGCCACCUGCGAGGGCGGCGGCGGCGGCGGUCCCGCGGGGACGCGAGGCGGAGGCUCUGCAUGCGUUAAAGGAGAGGACGAGGCCGGCGAGGAGAUGAGGAGCGGUGGGGUGGCGGAGGGAGAAGGCGGCAACGCCGGCAUGUUUGGUGCAGACUGCAUCAUGUGGGACCUAUCCGACGAUCUGAUGGACGCCAUUGUUUGA